GCCGCCGCCCUCCCCCAGGGUUGUGGCCACGCGCAGCGGCGGCGGUUGUUCCGCUUCCCCUCCAGCCGGGGCCGUCGCCAUUGCCGGAGCCUCCCUGCCCUCCCCUCCCGGCGCCCGUGGGGCUCGGCUGCCGCUCGGCCUAGCGGUAGGGCGGCUGCCUGCAGCGCGGCCCCUCUCCCGUGCGCUCCCCCUGCGUCCCCUCCCCGCCGCCGCGCGCUGGCCCGGGGCGGCUCCGCAGGCGCCGGGAGCUCGGACGGAGGCGCCUCGCUGGGCGGGGACCUUUCCUCGCAGGGACAUACCGUAAUUCUGAAUCAUGUCUGAUAACGGAGAACUGGAAGACAAGCCUCCGGCGCCUCCUGUGAGAAUGAGCAGUACCAUUUUUAGCACUGGAGGCAAAGACCCUUUGUCAGCUAAUCACAGUUUGAAACCUUUGCCCUCUGUUCCAGAGGAAAAAAAGCCCAGAAAUAAAAUCAUCUCUAUAUUCUCAAGCACAGAGAAAGGAAGUAGGAAGAAAGAGAAGGAACGGCCAGAAAUUUCUCCUCCUUCUGAUUUUGAGCACACCAUCCAUGUUGGCUUUGAUGCUGUUACUGGAGAAUUCACUGGCAUGCCAGAACAGUGGGCUCGAUUAUUACAGACUUCCAAUAUCACCAAACUAGAGCAAAAGAAGAAUCCUCAGGCUGUGCUGGAUGUCUUAAAGUUCUAUGACUCCAACACAGUGAAGCAGAAAUAUCUGAGCUUUACUCCUCCAGAGAAAGAUGGCUUCGCUUCUGGAACACCAGCAUUGAAUACCAAGGGAUCAGAAACAUCAGCAGUAGUAACAGAGGAAGAUGAUGAUGAUGAAGAGGCUGCUCCUCCCGUGAUUGCCCCACGACCUGAUCAUACAAAAUCAAUUUAUACACGGUCUGUAAUUGACCCUAUUCCUGCACCAGUUGGUGAUUCUAAUAUUGAUGGUGGUGCCAAGUCUUCUGACAAACAGAAAAAGAAGACCAAAAUGACAGAUGAAGAAAUUAUGGAGAAAUUAAGAACUAUUGUGAGCAUAGGUGACCCUAAGAAAAAAUAUACAAGAUACGAAAAAAUUGGGCAGGGGGCUUCUGGUACAGUUUUCACUGCUACUGAUGUGGCAUUGGGACAGGAGGUUGCUAUCAAACAGAUUAAUUUACAGAAACAGCCAAAGAAGGAAUUGAUCAUUAAUGAGAUUCUGGUGAUGAAAGAAUUAAAGAACCCCAACAUAGUUAACUUCUUGGACAGUUUCCUGGUGGGAGACGAAUUGUUUGUAGUGAUGGAGUACCUUGCUGGGGGGUCACUUACUGAUGUUGUAACAGAAACCUGCAUGGAUGAGGCUCAGAUUGCUGCUGUGUGCAGAGAGUGUUUACAGGCAUUGGAGUUUUUACAUGCUAAUCAAGUGAUCCACAGAGACAUCAAAAGUGAUAAUGUGCUUUUGGGGAUGGAAGGAUCAGUUAAACUUACUGACUUUGGUUUCUGUGCCCAGAUCACCCCUGAGCAGAGCAAGCGAAGUACCAUGGUUGGCACACCAUACUGGAUGGCACCGGAGGUGGUUACACGGAAAGCUUAUGGCCCUAAGGUGGACAUAUGGUCUCUGGGUAUCAUGGCUAUUGAAAUGGUAGAAGGAGAGCCUCCAUACCUCAAUGAAAAUCCCUUGAGGGCCUUGUACCUGAUAGCAACUAAUGGAACUCCAGAACUUCAGAACCCAGAGAAACUUUCCCCAAUAUUUCGAGAUUUCUUAAAUCGAUGUUUGGAGAUGGAUGUGGAGAAAAGGGGGUCAGCCAAAGAAUUGUUACAGCAUCCCUUCCUGAAACUGGCCAAACCAUUAUCUAGUUUGACACCACUGAUUAUGGCAGCUAAAGAAGCAAUGAAGAGUAAUCGUUAACAUCAUUGCCAUGGCCUCAUAUUCUUUUUCCAUUUUCUAAAAGAAGUCUUUUAAUAUAUGAAAAUUAUUACUCUUUUGGGGUUUAAGGAAAUGGCCUGCAUAACAUGGAGGAAAAAAGCAAACUACUACUUCCUGAAGACAACCAAGAGAAAAUUACAAAACAGAAUGACAACUUUCUAUUGAAUCCCUUUAGGGUCCAAAAGGAAUUGUGGACUGAAUCACUAGCCUUACUUCUUUCUGCAAACAGCCCAUCAGGGCCAUUUAUCAUGCUAGAGAUUUGCCUUUUAUUUUGCUGAGUUCAUUGUAAUAGAUCACAUUCAUUGUCCCUUUGGGGGUAUUUUCAGUACUUGAAUAGUAGAUUCGAGUUUUUCAGAGUAUUUGUUUCAUCUGCUAGCUUUUCUCUCUUUGUAGCUUUCUUUUUCCUUGACUUGCUCCUUUGAGUUGCUUUGAGAAGUUUUUCUUAGGCCUAAAUUUGAGGCAAGUUUGAUAGAAAUUAUGUAGCUCCUUAUAUUGGCAAAGGAGCUUGAUAUGGUUUAACUUUGUAUAGAAGUUAGAACCAGCUAUUGUACAUGUAAUAUUUCAGUUCAGAAUUUGAACUGGGGGAAGGGAAGAAAAGUAUGUGAUUUUUACCUUUUUUAACAAAUGUGAAAGUCAGUUUUAGAAAUUUCAUGGUAGUGAAAUGUUUGGCAUUUGUUACAUGUAUAGAGAGAAGACUAAUAAUCUAUAUUUAUAACUAAAUCAUUGAGACAGAAAAAGAAUCCCAUUGACUCUCCAUCUUUACAGUUGUUCCCUUUUUGACUGUUUCCUCUUCAGCUAUGGCUUCUGGAAUCAGAGUGAUUUGUUCUUGUUCCAACUUUUGUUAGUGCCACUACUUUCCCCUUCUCCUAUUUCCCCUUCAUUUUGGAAAUAAGUUUCUGUAUAUGUUGUAAUUUUAGUUUGUUUUUUUAAUUAACCCUCUGUUACCCUACUGCCCCCCCCCCCAACAUGGUAAAUACUGUAAUAACCAUUGACUUUUCAGAUUUUAGAAAUUAACUCUUUUUUUCAGUUUAAAGGAGAAAAAUAUUUGGAGCUAGUAGAGACAAAGUGAGAGACUUGAACCUUGGUGAGCUCUAAAAAAACUAGCUGAGAUUAUAUUGAUGAAAGAGAAUUGUCAGUACACAGAGAUGGAACUACUGACCAGUAAACUACAGAUUUGUUAUAAACAUUGUUCCCAAACCAUUACCAACAUUGUACUAUCUGAGAACUUAAGUGAUAAAGUACUUCUUGAUAAAUUCAUGGAUCAUUUAAGAUGUUGAGUUACUUUGGAUUUUUUUCAAAUAAGGAAAUAAUAUUCAUGUAAAAAACUGGAGAAAGGAAGAAAAAUGAAAUGUUCUUAUUGAUAGCAAUACCUUUUUUUUUUAAUUUUAAAGAUUUUAAAAGGUCUGUGACCUGUAGCAUUAAUUAUUAGAGUGCCCUCUCUUCCUUAUUCCCUCUCUGUCUCUUCUUCCUCUCCUCUUCCUCUCAUUUUUUUUUCAAUUGUUUUGCAUUUGGAUGCAGUAUUGUCCCUUCUGGCAUGCCAAGAGCCACAUAAAAGAGAAACAUCUGUGAUUUGGUUCUGGAACAUGGGAAUGUUCCUACCAUUCUCCUGAUUAAGUUCAUACCUACUUGCCAUUGUGUAAUAGUACAAAUCAUGAAUAAAAAUGAUUUUGAUGUUUUGGAGUACAUGGGGGGGGGGAUUAAUACCAUUUUAUUUCCUAUCAUUCCCAUCAUCUGUGUAUAAGAUAUAGGUAUAAGGAUAGAAAUGGCUGUUCUUUAUUGAUAGCACAGGAAGGUUUUUUUAAAAAAAGAUAAAAUAGUUUAUGAGACUUUUAUCUAGAGCACUUAAUGGUCUCUGUUUUUAAUUUGAUUUUUGAUUUCAUAUUUCUCUGGAUUAUAUUGGCCUUCUAUAGUUACUAUGAAAUUACAGAAACAAGCUAGUUUACUUCUGGUGGAAAGCUACAUUGCCUUUGAAUUCCAGAUUUGAACAUUCUUUGUAAAUAGUCUGGAUGGAUUAUGGUGAAGAAGAUGCUAACAAUGAAAACCAACUCGAUAAGACUGUGAUCAUCAUGACCACUCUAGAUGGCACUUCCAUACAUAAGUCAUAAAGACCAUAUUCAUUGAAUACAGUGCCAAUGCCCCAUUUUUAUUCCUAUGACUCAACAAAGGUCUUUUCAAUUUAUAGGAGCAGUUUGGGAUUUGUAUUUUACAACUUUUGAUGGUUACCUGCAUGUCCAUUGCUGGCAACGGACUUUGUCAUUAAAACCUGACUCCUAGGUUAAGGGAGCUACACUGUGGUUUAUUCUUUACUUAUUUGGAUAAACUAACUUGUAAUAGAAAUAUACUUUGAUUAAUUCUGAAAUGUGUCAUUUUUAAACAGAAUAAUCUUAAAAGCAAUAUGGAAUUGUGAUUUAUUAGUUAAUUAUAAAUUAAAAUGUUUAGAUCUUAUUGAAAGAAAAAUUAUAUCUGAAUCAAGGUUCAUGUUUUCUAAAUACUGCCUUUUGUUCUCACCCAUUUUGUCAUCACUUUAGAAAGAAAAUUCCCAUUGAAAUCUAAAAGUUACUUUAGUCUUCAUGUUACUAGGAUAGUAUUACUAUUGUACUUAUUUAUUCUAUUUUAGACUCUAGCAUUCUUAAAGUUUCCUUCUCCUUUUGAUCCUUUUGCUGCUUUGGAGGACAGUUAAAACUGGGACACCAUGAAAAUACUGAGUAUUUCAUCCUACCUAGAAUAGUAAACAAGUAGAGUAAUUGUGAUAGCAUCAGAAACCAAGACUAACACAACUCUCUCUUCAUGUGUUGACUGCCUGGCACACAAUAUAAAUUCUCUUUCCUUCCAUAUAUAAAUAUGAAGCUGCUUAUCUAGUUACCACCAGUCCUAAAUGAACAUGUGCCUUUAGUAAGCAAUUUAAAACCUAUGGGUAUUUUUUUUAGGGCUCACAUAAGCACAUUGGUUUAAAUAUACUGUAUUCUAACCAGAAUAAUAUUAGAUCUGAUCAAGCAGUAGCUAUAGUUAGAAAAAAGUGAGUGCUUAAAGAAUUUGCAUCAGUUUUUUAAUCUAAUAGUUUUAAAAUAUACCGAGGUCCAUAUCUAGUGAAAUGUCAAAAAAUCAAUUCUAGCAUAUAGUCAAAAUUCAGAUUAGUACUCAAUUUGGGGAUUUUUAAUGGUGGAAUUUCAUAGUAAUAUAAAAAAAAAAAAGAUUGCCUUCCUUGUCUGUUGCUCCCACAACAGAUAUUUAAACAAAUAAAAUCAUUUUUCCACAGCACAUGUGUAUAAGAAAGGAACAAAAACACACACAUACGAUUUUUUUCCUCAACUCAUUUAUUGACCACUUGGGCAGAGACAGUGAGGUAGAUACUGUGGGAAAUACAAAGGAGAAUCAAGCACUGGCCUGGCCUUGAGAUAACUGAAGUCUCUCAUUCACCAUUCUAGAAAGUUGCCAAAUGAGAGGGAGAAAGAAAUGUAUGAAAAUUUGUCAAGCAAAUUUUCAUUCUGUAUUAAGAAAAGCAGAGAAUUACAUAUUUGGAAUUGAACAUUUUUUGUUACUUUUUUUUUUUUUUUGGUCUUGGUAAAUAGAAAUGUAAUUAAGUGAAAGCAGCUUUUCUGUUUUGUCUUCAAAUUUUAUAUUGACUUCUAUUUUUAAUUUAAUCCCAUUCAAUUAUUUAAUUGUUUCAUUGACAUUAACUGCUGUAUUUGAUGACUUUGUUCAAUAAUUUUGUUCUUUCAGGGCUAGAAAUAAACUUUUCUAUGUUUAUUUU